CAGAUCAUUAGACAUGGCGCUGGGUACGAGAUGUUUGUUUGUUUGCUCUUAUUCAAGGAGGUAUUUCUCCUGUCUUAGAUCAUCAAUUCUAAAACAAAAGAUUUCAUACCCGAGUGGCCUCUAUGUACACUGCAGAUUCUCAUCCGUCCAGUCUGGGAGUGGAGAUAUCAACUUCCGAUACGAGAAUGGCUUACCAGUUUUAUCGUUACCGCUACCGUCGCGUGAUGAAACUUACCAAUUUACAUUGAAGCCUAUUUCAAACACAUUAGGCGAUUUAUUCAGAUUCGUCCGCAAUGAGGAUUCGUCUAUUGAACGUCUGGCGGCAUACACAACGGAUGGCGAGAGAUUAGCACAAUCAACGCCGAUGGAACACUUAAUCCAAUCAAGUUUCGAGCUCGUAUUGAAUGAUAACAGGUAUAUGGUGCAUCCAGCUGUUGUCGAGUCGAGAACAUCUAGUGAAGCCGUUAGCGAUUUGGAGAAAAUGAAAAAUGGUAUAGCCCAAUUGUAUAACACUCUUCAUAUCGACCAGCACCAAAUGCAAAAAGAAAAGGUUCUUUUGGAGCGUUUAGAGGAGCUAAAGAUGGAAAUCGAACCGCUUGAAACAGGUAGAAUGGAAUUGGAUAGAGCAGCAGAGAAGCGGACGAAAUUUCUCUCGUGGUUUGGAUUAGGACUUAUGGGAUUGCAGUUUGGACUAUUGGCCCGUUUAACAUGGUGGGAAUACUCGUGGGAUAUUAUGGAGCCGAUAACAUAUUUUGUUACUUACGGGACGUCGAUAGCCAUGUUCGCGUAUUACGUCGUCACGAGACAGGAAUACAAUUUCGUGGACGUCCGGAAUCGGGAAUAUUUAUUAACAAUGCAUAGGGGAGCCAAGAAACGAGGUCUUGAUAUCAACAAAUACAACCAACUAAAGGAAGAGAUCUAUCAAGUAGAAUACGAUUUGAAGCGACUUAGGGAUCCUUUGCAGUUGCAGCUGCCGAUUAACGCCUUGAAGCCUCAAGAUAGGAGUGAAGAUGUUGCUUAGAUUGAAUUUAGGAAGUGAGGGUGUACGUCUUUAUCAGUUUAUCUGUCAUUUUUACCGAGGUAAAAUUUAGUUAUGUAAGUGGGACGAGAUGCUUCUUUAUCAAAAAUUUAAUUUCAGUCUUCUUUUUAACAUUUUCUUUUUUAAAUUAAAAAAAAGAAUGCAUUAAAAAACAAAAAUAACAAAAAAAAAAACAAAAAAAAAACGAACAAACAAACAAACAAAAUAUUAAAAAUUAAACUUAUUUUCGAUCUUUUCACAAAAAUUUGAUUUAAAAUGAAAAUAAUGGAAAAUAAUUUUAUUUUAUCUCUGCAGUAAAAAAAUAAUAAUAACAACAAUAAUAAUAAUUUUCCAGAUUUUUCCUUAUCAAGAAUUUUUAACCUUUUUAUAGAUUGUAGUUUUUUCUUUUUCUCUUUCUUUUUAAAGAAACAAAGAAGAGAAGAAAUGGAAAAAAAUUAUAGAGAAACAGUUAUUUAUUUUUUAAAAAAUGAUAUAAAGCUUUGUUUUCUUUUUUUUUUUAAUGUAAAAAAACUUUUCUUUUGCCAUAAACUUAAAAUCCCCCCCAGAAAAUUGUACAAACUACAGAUUUAUAUACUGUAUAUUAUACUAUAUAGAUAUAUAUAGUAUAAUGUUGAAUAAUAGUACUUUAAUGUUUUAAAAAAAUGAAUAUAAUUUGAUUAAAAUUUCAAUUAACUGUCAUUUUAAAAAGAAAAUUAACAGUUUUUUUAGUUUAAUACUUUAAGACAAAUUCUUUGAAGUGUGACAUAUCAAAAAUAUGAUGAUCUUUCUCUCUCUCUCUCUCUCUCUCUCUCUCUCUGUGUGGAUCAUUCAUGCUUACUUGUCUAUUUGUUAUACUAAAAAAAGAAAUACAAAACUGGACGGAGAAGGCUCUUUCUUUUUGUGCGAUAUUUUAUUAUCACUUAUUACUCUUAGUUUAUUUGAAUGAAAUACAAAUCUUUUAAGCUUUUAAUAACGAAAUAUAGUUUACACUCUUCGUCUAUAUGUUAUUUUAACGAAGUAACAUAUAUAUAUAUAUAUCAAAUAUUGUUUAUUAAUAAUGAAUGAAGUGUCUUAAAUGGC